AUGGUCCACGAGACCAAAGGGCUGGUCCUGCUGCCGAACGAACGCAUCAUAUACACCUCCCCCGCGCGGACGAGCAUAUCUCUCAAGUCCAUCCACCCGGGCCCAGACAAGCAGUCUUUCUCUCGCCAGAGCACCGCCGGACACGUCCACCUCACUAACCAAAGAAUCGUCUACCUCCCGUCACAGCCCGCACAAGACUUCCAGUCGUUUUCGGCGCCUCUACUGAACCUCACAGAUACUCACGUUGCCGCGCCCUUUUUCGGCCCUAACGUAUGGAACGCCGUCGUCCAGCCGGUCUCGGGCGGUGGCAUACCCCCUGCCUUCGCUGCCAUACAGCUCAAGUUCACUUUCAAAGACGGAGGAGCGUUUGAUUUCCACUCAAGCUAUGAGCAGAUCAAGGAGCGACUGCAGCAGGCUGUUGAGCGCGCGAGGGAGAGCGGGUUGAUGUCUGGGGAUGGAGCGCAGGUAGGCACGGGGAGAGACGGGGGUGCGUUUGGCGUGGUCGACUUUGCGAAUGUGCAUCUCGAGGACCUCCCGGCGUAUGAAAGCGCCAACACCACCACAACCACCAGUAAUAAUAAUAAUAAUAUAACGACGACGACAACGGCAACGGCAACGACAACGACUGGAAGCGGGACUCCAGCGGAUAGUAGGUCGGGUCGACAGUCGUUCGAGACACCUACGGAUCCUCCCCCAGGAUAUGAGGAAGUGCAGCAGCAGAGCGUGGCCAGCGAGCUAGAGACCCAACUCCGCCGACGCCGUCAGUAA